AUGGCUGAUAUCCGAACCAACGCCCUGAAAGAACCGGUGAAGGUCGCCGAAUACCUGUUCCGGCGUCUCCACCAGAUGGGAGUCCGCUCGGUUCACGGCGUUCCCGGCGACUACAACCUCGUUGCUCUCGACUAUAUUCCCAAGAAUGGCCUCAAUUGGGAUCGCUUGCUAAUAACUGCACCAGCCUAUGCUGCCGACGGUUACGCCCGAGUCAAGGGUAUUGCCGCCCUCGUCACCACUUUCGGAGUCGGUGAGCUCUCUGCCAUAAACGGCGUCGCUGGAGCUUUCUCGGAACAGAUUCCCGUCGUUCACAUUGUCGGUUGCCCCACGACUCGGUCGCAAAAGAACGGCAUGUUGCUGCACCACACUCUCGGCAAUGGCGACUUCAGAGUCUUUACCACCAUGAACAAGGAGAUUUCCUGCGCAGUGGCACAGCUCAACAAUCCCGUAGAUAUUGCGACUCAGAUCGACUAUACUCUGCGCGAAUGUUGGAUCCAAAGUCGGCCCGUUUACAUCACUCUCCCCACGGAUAUGGUCGAGGAGAAGGUGGAAGGGGCGAGGCUCAAAACCCCAAUCGACCUCACCGAACCAAAGAACGACCCAGUGAGGGAAAGCUAUGUCGUCGAUGUGAUUUUGAGGACUUUGUACAACGCAAAGAACCCCAUCAUCCUGGUAGAUGCCUGCUCGAUUCGCCAUAGGGUAGUUCCCUUAGUCAAGAAGCUCGUUGAGAAGACACACCUUCCUUACUUCGCGACGCCAAUGGGUAAAGGAGCUCUGGAUGAAACUGACCCCCUCUAUGGCGGCAUUUACGCUGGGUCUGGCUCACAGGAGGAGGUCAGACAGCGGGUGGAGUCCUCGGACCUGAUUUUGUUUGUCGGCUCCCUCAAGAGCGACUUCAACACGGCCGGCUUCUCUUAUCGUACCUCGCAACUCAAGACCAUCAAUUUGCAUAGUACAUAUUGUGUAGUCCGCUACGCCGAGUACCCUGGCGUCCGAAUGAGUGGAGUCCUGAAAACGUUGAUCGAUAAAGUAGACGUCUCCAGGGUGACGAUCACGCCGCUUUCUAGCAGAAAUGGCACCAUCGCGCAUCCCAAACAGUCACAGGCCAUCACGCACGAUUGGCUGUGGCCCAAGGUUAGCGAGUUCUUGAAGGAGCGUGACAUUGUCGUAACCGAGACGGGCACGGCAAAUUUCGGAAUCUUGAGUACAAAGUUCCCGGCCGGCGUCACGGCCCUGAAUCAAAUCCUAUGGGGCAGUAUCGGAUGGUCAGUUGGAGCCUGCCAGGGAGCCGCACUGGCCGCACAGGAUGCCAGGGACGACAGGAGGACGAUAUUGUUUGUCGGAGAUGGCUCUUUCCAGCUCACAGCCCAGGAGCUCAGCACUAUGAUCAGGCACAAGUUGAACCCCAUCAUAUUCGUCAUUUGUAAUGAAGGUUUCACCAUUGAGCGCUUCAUCCACGGCAUGGAUGCCGCUUAUAAUGACAUUGCUGGGUGGCAAUUCAAGGAGCUGGUAACAGUUUUCGGAGGAACAGACAAGACGACUCGCAAGAUUCAGAUCAAGACUAGGUCUGAACUGGAGAAACUCUUCAAGGAAGAUGAGUUCAACGCGGCUAGGAAGCUGCAGUUCGUCGAACUUUACAUGCCCAAGGAAGAUGCCCCGACAGUUCUGGUCAAGACAGCGGAGGCCAGUGCUAAGGUCAAUAGUGAGAGGGACUAA